CUGUCUGGUUAGUCUCCUCUGCGCAUGCUCAGCGCACCUCUGCCGGGGGCAGGGCAGGUAUCUGUCGGCAGCCUGCUGACCGACAGUCACACUCUCCCGCCCGGCUUCAGUGCAGCAUGCGGCGGCAGGAGGCGUGAGGACACACGGACUGAUCAGAGCCCCGCAGCCCGUCGCUCCGUGCUCUCUCCCGGCCGCAGCUCGGAGGAUCCCCGCUGACUCUCCGGACACUUUGAGGAGCUUGUGCUUUUUAUUUCUGCACGCGCGGCGGCCACAGAGGAGCGAGGCGCGUGCGAGACACCGCCCCGGACACAGGUGAGAGGAGCCUCACCUCCAGGUGCAGCAGCCAGGGUCUGUCGGAGGGGAGGCAUGGCUCUCCGGGUCCAGCUGGGUCUCUGAUCCCAGGUCCGAGGAACUAGUGGACGGUGAAACCUUCAUCCUGCUCCGCUCCGCUCCGCUCCAGGUGCUCCAGGUGCUCCCGGUGCUCCAGGUGCUCACCAUGUUCAGCAGCAAUAACAAGAAGUGCUUCACCAUCGAGUCUCUGGUGGGGAAGGAGGCGAUCAGCCACGGCAGCGGCUCCGGGGACGAGCCCAUCCGGCCCACGGCGCUCCGCUUCCCGGAGUCCCUGCACCCUGGGGUGUUCGGCUCCUGUUUCCAGGGGGGCAGCGGCAGGACUUUGUACUCGGCCGGGCCGGACCUGGUGAUCCAGGAGGCCGGGACUCACACUCAGAGCCCCGGCGGGCUGCCGCUGCACCCGCUGCAGAUCCCCCCGCAGAGCUUCUUCAGUCCGCAGCACCGCGACGCGCUCAGCUUCUACCCGUGGGUGCUGCGGAGCCGCUACCUGGGACACCGCUUCCAAGGUGAGGAGAGCAGUCCAGAGAACAUGCUGCUUCACGGCCCGUUCUCCAGAAAACCCAAGCGAAUCCGGACGGCGUUCUCGCCGUCGCAGCUCCUGCGGCUGGAGCGAGCCUUCGAAAAGAAUCAUUACGUGGUCGGAGCCGAGAGGAAGCAGCUGGCCAGUGGGCUGUGUCUGACUGAGACGCAGGUGAAGGUGUGGUUUCAGAACCGCAGGACGAAGCACAAGCGUCAGAAGUUGGAGGAAGAGUCUCCUGAAGCUCAGCAGAAGAGGAAGGGCAGUCAACACGUGAACCGCUGGAGAGCAGCCACGCAGCAGCCGGGCGGGGGUGGAGACGACGUGGACGUCAUCAGCGACGACUAGACUGCAGCACACAUACAUAAAAAAAAAUGUGUGCACACACACACACGCAC